AGUUGUGACGUCACUAGCUCUUGUCUGGUUGUUCCGGAGCUCUGCAGCGAAUAGGGUUUGUGGCUGACAGAAGAGCUGUGAGGGGCGUGUCAGCCCGUGGGCAAUAGGACACUGCGCUAGGCCGCCUAAAGCUGGAUCGCGGUUGCUCGCGGGCAGCACCCGCAGCAACGGUAAAACGGAAGUCCUGCGAUCGGAGCCCGGCGUCCGGGCGGAAGCGGCAUUCUCUCAGCGGUGGCCCGGAGUCAGCCCCGGAGCCAGCCCCGGAGCCACCGGGAGCCUCCUGACCUGGUGUUGAUGUUGAGUAGGCAUCAUUAGCAUAUUAAAAUGGCUCUACCCAAGGACGCCAUCCCUUCCUUGUCGGAAUGCCAGUGCCAGAUCUGUGUGGAAAUCCUAAUCGAGCCCGUAACCCUCCCAUGUAACCACACGCUCUGUAAUCCGUGCUUCCAGUCGACUGUCGAAAAGGCAAAUUUGUGCUGUCCCUUCUGUCGCCGCCGGGUCUCUUCGUGGACUCGGUAUCAUACCCGUAAAAAUUCUCUCAUCAAUAUGGAACUAUGGGAAACGAUUCAAAAACACUAUCCAAAGGAGUGCAAGCUUAGAAUCUCUGGGCAAGGAUCAGAGGAAAUUGUUGAUGACUACCAGCCCAUUCGUCUGUUAAGUGAACCUGGGGAAUUAAGAAGAGAGUAUGAAGAAGAGAUAAGCAAGGUGGAGGCAGAGCGACGAGCCAGUGAGGAAGAAGAAAACAAAGCCAGUGAAGAAUAUAUACAGAGAUUAUUGGCAGAGGAGGAAGAAGAGGAAAAAAAGCAGGCAGAGAAAAGGCGAAGUGAAGUGGAAGAACAACUAAAAAAUGAUGAAGAACUGGCAAGAAAGCUAAGCAUUAACAUUAAUAAUUUCUGCGAGGGGAGUACCUUGGCUUCUCCUUUGAAUUCCAGAAAAUCUGAUCCAGUCACAACCAAGUCACAAAAGAAAAAUAAGAACAAACAAAGAAACAUUGGAAAUAUUCAGAAGUAUUUGUCACCUAAAUCUCUAUUUGGAUCAGCAACACAGUCUGAAGUUGUACAAGAAGUCAGGAGAAACUCCACAACUAAGGAAAUUGACAGAAGUCAUAUGAAGAGCCCUACAGGGCAAGAUACAGAAAUUGAAGAAGAUAUGCCAACACUUUCUCCUCAAAUGUGCCUUGAAAUUCAAGAGCAAGGUACAAAGUCUUCAGUAGAGUCACCUAUGCCAUGGUUAUGUGUCUAUGAUGCAGAACAGUGCCUUGAAGGAAAAGCCAAAAGAUCAAACAAUCAUGAUCAAGAGUUAUAUGUCUUACAGUAUGAAGGACCUAAAACCAAAGUUCCCUACUCUAAAGAAGCUACAGUUAAGCCUUGUGGCAAGACAGAGAAUGGGCGUACUUCAUCAAAUAUGAUACAAAUAAUUGGAGACAACCCAGUUGAGAUAGAGUCUAGCCAACCAGACAGUAAAGGUGUUUCAAAAAGAAAAAGCCAGGAAUCUUCAGUUGAAGCAGUCAGAGAUUCAUGCUUUUCUUUAAAAAGGAAGAAAAAGUUCUCAGAAUCUUCUUCAGAUCAAGAGGAAACAGAAAUGAAUUUUACCCAAAAACUGAUAGAUUUGGAGCAUUUACUUUUUGAGAGACACAAACAAGAAGAACAAGACCGGCUAUUAGCGUUACAACUGCAGAAAGAGGUGGAUAAAGAACUAAUGAAGCCAAACCGGCAAAAAGGAUCCCCAGAUGGGUACCAGUUACGUACUACAUCCUCACCUCCACAUAACUUACUAAAUGGGCAGAAGAAUUACAAAGAGAGAAACUUCAAAAAGCAGACUGAUGUAGAGCAUCCAAAACCUCGAAGAGGCUCAAGAGAUGAAAACUGGCAACCUUCUUUUAAAAUCCAGUUGAACAGUUCGGCGAAUGGAAAAAAGAUGUCAAAUUCUACUAAAGAAAAUUGUAAUGUAUCUAAAAGUACUCAUUCUCUACAGCCUAGUAAUUCACAGAAAAGUAUUUUUCAGAUGUUUUAGAGAUACACCAAAUAAUGUGGGUGAAAGGAAUGUCUUCUAGUAAAGCUGGAUUGUGAAGCUCUCUUCUGUCAUAGAAUCUUUAUAAAUUUCACAUUAAUCUCUGUUGUCUAAGCAUACUUAUUAUCUUUAAAGACUAUGUGAUUAAAAGGAAGCAUAUACAAAUGUGUUUUCUAUAAAACUCAGUGAUAAGAAAGGAUCCCUAUUAAUUGUUAAUAACUAACAUGUACUAAGUUUAAUGGUCCUUUUGUAUAUACAGAUGUGUUCACCAAGCCAAGAAGUCUUUAAGUGCCAUUCUUUAAAAAAAAAAAAAGGAAAAAGUUUUAUGGCCUUUGCUUGUUUUUUGUCAUGAAUAAUCAAAACAAAGAUUAUACUAUAUCAGGUAGUUAAGGAAUCUAUGUAGAACAUAGGGUCUAGAUUUUCUUGUUACUUUCCCUUAUAUUCAUAGAGCACUUGAAAUAUAUCUACCAUACCAAUUGAGUAGUUAAUUUCCAUCUCCAAUUUAAUUAAAUUUUGAGCAUUAUAGCAUUUUCUUCAACUUAAAAUGGAUUAGAAUUAAUGUUAAAUCAAGAGUUUUCUAGUAAAUUAAAAUUCAGUUGACAGAAAGGAAACUAGAUUCUUUAUGCAUAAAAAAAGAGUUGGGAUUAGACCAGUGGGAUGGAUUGGCAGUUUAGGAGCAUUAGAACUGAAUGGAUGAUCAGAAACUGGGUCCAGAAUGGAGUAGCUGGUGUUAUUUGCCAGAACAUUCUCUCUUGUCAUUUCUUUGCUGUAAAUGACACUGAAAACAUUUUGGGUUUACAUCUUUUCACACCAUAGUGUCCACUGUCAAAAUCAAAAUUAGUGGCCAGGUGCAUUGGAGCAAGCCUGUAAUUCCAGGGGCUCAGGAGGCUGAUGCAGGAGGAUCGAAAAUUCAAAGCCAAAGCCAGCCUCAGUAACUUAUUGAAACCCUGUCUCUAAAUAAAAUACAAAAAAGGGCUGGGGAUGUGGCUUAGUUAAGCGCUUCUGGGUUCAAUCCGCAGUACCAAAACAAAUUUGUUUUCUUAAUUUUUGGAAAUUCAUACUUCUAUUAAGUGCUGUUCCAGAAAAAAAGGGAAUUUGCUAUAUGAGAGUCAUAUGACAAUGUCUCAUGUUUUGAAAUUUGAAACAACCAUGAGUUUACUUCUUUAUACUAUCAUUUGUAUUGAUAUUUUUCUUUGUGCUUGUAGAUAGUAAUAGAAUGUAUAUAGAUUUUGCUCUCUUACCCCUGAAGGUUAAAUCAGAAGCACUGAAUUUCAUUUGUGAAGUUUUAGAGACUAAUGAUCUUAAUUCUGCUGCUAAUUUUAGUUUUUUCUUUUUCAAAAAAAAAAAAAUGCCCUCUGAGUAAUGAUUGUGGUAAGAUGAGGUAUAGUCAGAAACUAAUCAAAUUUGUCUAAAACAGAUUAAAAUCUGUCUUAUCAAAUCAGAAUUUUUCUAAGAACAAUUCACUUGAUGUUUUAAUGUAGACAUUGUUCGAACUCCUUGAAUUAAAACUUUCUUGAAAUGUUCCCUGACCAAAAAGGAAAUCAAUAAAAAAUAGCCCAUGAGCUGGUGCUGUAGCUCAGUGGCAGAGCACUUGCCUGGCACAUGUGAGGCACUGGGUUCGAUCCUCAGCAACACAUAAAAAUAAAUAAAUAAAAUAGAGAUAUUGUGUUCAUCUACAACUAAAAAAAUAAAAUAAAAAACCCAUGUUGCAGUUUUUAUAUACUUAACCACUUAUUUGCCUUUGAAGAAGUCUUCUUGACUAGAGUUGGCUUUAAGAUAAAUUUUAAUUUCUCUAUUAAUCUUUCUGUUCUUCCUACCACAUAUGCAUUUUUAUUAGAAAUUAAUAAAUAUUUUGUGCCAGUCA